CCUAAGACUCCAAUUCGACAAUACUAUUUUUGUAAAUGCAUUUGAUAGAACUCAGCAGGACUGCUUUUGCAGGAUAUUCAAAAGAAUUUUUUUUUUCAAAACAUCUUCAACUUCCUGUCAACUACACAACUAUGCGUCUUCCUACUGCCGACGAACUCGAACAACUCGAAGAUAUUGAAAAGCAAUGGGCUGUCAAGGCUAUGCACCACGCCGAGACCUACUUCAAGUUGAUUUCCACUAUCGACCCUCGUCAGUUUCGUUUGACAAACAUUGACGAUGAAAUCCUCAAGGAUUUUGAAGAAAACUUCCCAGAGAUCAAUGUAGAACAUUUGGAUGAAAACCACUUCAAGACACCCGCUGCUAAAGAAAAAUGGAGAAACUUUAUUAACAAAUAUGAAAAGAGAGUGAAUGAAUAUAACUUUGGAUCAUUGAUCCGUAUUGAUUGUAGAGAAGAUUAUACAGAACAAAACACUAUGUUCGGUGUACGCAUGCAGUUUUAUGCUAUUGAAAUUGCUAGAAAUAAGAAGGGAUUGAAUGAUUCCUUGCGCAAGAAAUAAUAAAGUUUUUGUUUAUAAAUGCUUGGCGAAAAGAAG